CGCACCACGUGACCCGACCCGCCCCGGCCUUAAAGCGCCGCGGGCUGGGGCCACCCGCGCUGCGCAGCAUCUGGCACCACCGGGAGAGAGCUCACCAUGGUCAAUGAGACCCAGCAUACCUGCAGUGCCAGUUCCAGCUCCAAGUCUGAUGGCGGCAGCAGCAGUGGGAGUGAGAGCUCCAAGGACAGCUCACGCUGCUCCACCCCUGUCCUUGAUGCCGACCGUCAUGAGCGGCUGCGGGAGAAGAUGCGUCGACGGCAGGACUCUGGGGACAAGUGGUUCUCCCUGGAGUUCUUCCCUCCACGUACAGCCAACGCUGCUGUCAAUCUCAUCUCCAGGUUUGACCGCAUGGGAGCAGGUGGGCCACUCUUCAUUGAUGUGACGUGGCACCCUGCAGGGGACCCAGGAUCUGACAAGGAAACCUCUUCCAUGAUUAUUGCCAACACUGCAGUCAACUACUGUGGCCUAGAAACCAUCCUACACAUGACAUGCUGCAACCAGACCAAGAAUGACAUCACAGGACAUCUGCAGAAGGCCAAGCGGCUUGGGUUGAAGAACAUCAUGGCAUUGCGUGGAGAUCCUGUGGGUGAGGAGUGGGAGGAAGAGGUAGAUGGCUUCAAUUAUGCUGUUGACCUGGUUAAACACAUUCGCAAUGAGUUUGAUGAUUACUUUGACAUCUGUGUGGCAGGCUACCCCACAGGUCAUCCUGAAGCAGAGAGCUAUGAGGAAGACCUGAAGUACCUGAAGGAGAAAGUCUUUGCUGGGGCAGACUUCAUCAUUACGCAGCUUUUCUUCAGAUCAGAAACCUUUUUCAAGUUUGUGAAGGAUUGCCAAGCCAUUGGCAUCACCUGCCCCAUUAUUCCUGGCAUCUUCCCUAUACAGGGUUACCACUCCUUACGCCAGCUGGUGAAGCUGUCCAAGCUGGAAGUGCCUCAAGAAAUCAAAGAUGUGAUUGAACCCAUCAAGGACAAUGAUGCAGCCAUUCGGAACUAUGGGGUGGAGCUGGCAGUGUCCAUGUGUCGGGAGCUGUUGGACAGUGGCAUGGUGCAUGGACUCCACUUUUACACCCUCAAUCGGGAAGUGGCUACUACAGAAGUCCUAAAGCGCCUGGGCAUAUGGAAAGAGGACCCCAGGAGGCCUCUGCCCUGGGCUGUCAGUGCUCACCCCAAGAGAAGAGUUGAAGAUGUCCGGCCAAUCUUCUGGGCUUCCAGGCCAAAGAGCUACAUCUAUCGAACACAGGAAUGGGAUGAUUUCCCCAACGGCCGAUGGGGUAACUCCUCCUCUCCAGCCUUUGGGGAACUGAAAGACUAUUACCUCUUCUACCUGAAGAGCAAGUCUCCCCGGGAGGAGCUCCUGAAGAUGUGGGGAGAAGAGCUGACUUGUGAGGAAAGCGUCUUUGAGGUGUUCACAUGUUACAUCACUGGAGAACCCAAUAAGAAUGGUUACAAGGUUACAUGUAUGCCCUGGAAUGAUGACCCUCUUGCUACUGAAACCAACCUUCUGAAGGAGCAGCUGGAGAAGGUUAACAGGCGAGGAAUCCUGACCAUCAACUCUCAGCCAAACAUCAACGGCAAACCAUCCACAGACCCCAUUGUAGGCUGGGGGCCCAGUGGGGGUUAUGUCUUCCAAAAGGCAUACCUGGAGUUCUUCACCUCCAGUGAGAUCGUCACAGCACUGCUCAAAGCACUGAAGAAGUAUGAGUCACGAGUGAACUACCACAUUGUGAAUGUCCAGGGCCAGAAUAUCACCAAUGCUCCAGAUCUGCAACCCAAUGCUGUCACCUGGGGCAUCUUCCCAGGCAGAGAGAUCAUCCAGCCCACUGUAGUGGAUCCUGUAAGCUUCCUUUCCUGGAAGGAUGAGGCCUUUGCACUGUGGAUUGAGCAGUGGGCCAAGCUCUACGAAGAGGAGUCACCAUCUCGCAUGAUCAUCCAGUACAUCCAUGACAACUACUACUUGGUCAACCUGGUGGACAACGACUUCCCACUUGAAAACUGCCUCUGGCAGGUUGUAGAGGAUACUUUUGAGCUGUUGAACUCUCCAACUCAGCAGUGAAAAUUCCUUUUCUAACCUGUUACUUCUUCCGUCCACUGACUGCGAGGAGAGAAAAAGCGGCUCCUGUGCUGGUGGUGGACCACACACUCCUAAACCCAGCGACUGGGCUGGCUCAUUGAUCUAUCCACACUACAUGCUCAUGUCCAGCACUAAAGCUCCCUGACUCCUCACUGAACAAUAGCCAGAACUACCUGAACCUCUGAGCUGAGGCUCUAGACUAAGCUUGAAGGGCAGCUCUGCAGGAUGAAGAGGUGCUAAUUGUUGCUUAUGUGUAUGACAGUAACAGAACUCUUGUGCAUAGGUGGGAUUCUAACUUACUCAUGCCAGAAAUGCUGCCUUGGGGGCAGAAACACUUCUGUCAGCAGUGCCUACACAAGGAGACUAUUUCAGUAGUCACCAGCUCUGAAAAAAUGGUUAAGUUGCUUUUACAAUGCACUCCUCUGAUGUAUUUUUUCAUAAUUGAUCACAGUCAGGCUCCUUUGCACACACUCCAGAAAAAGGUUCACUUUUUUUCUCCCUAAGUUUUCUCUUCUUAUUGUAUUUCCCCUUUUCUUUUCAGUGAAAAUAUGUGAAUUUCGACUUUGUUUCUUAGUACAAUAAAACACAUGGCACUUGUACUAGGCCAUAGUCUUUAA